CGCGCACUGGCCCCUCUUCCAUGAGCCAACUUUCCUUAUCCGUUUCCUUGUUCUUUCACUAAUCGCUGAACCUCAGCGGAGCUCACAUCAACACAAUAGCCAAAAUGGCAUCUCCAACUUCUGCUUUAACCAAUUCCCCGUUUUGCCCCCAUCUUCUCCCCCAAUUCUCUCCUCUACCCGUCCUCUCCUUCACUCACAGCCUCAAAUCUAUCCCACCAAAGCUCAAGUCUCUGAUUUCCCUCAAAAGAGACAACCACCCCUCAACCUUAACCGUCAAAGCCCAGACCUUGGACUUCUCCGGUUCAUUCUUUGAGGGUGGCUUCGGCUCUGAUGAUGACCCGCCUUCCCAACCCGGCUCUGGCAUAACCGCCUUGGAGGAUAAAGAGGAACCCCAAUGCCCACCGGGCCUCCGACAGUACGAGACAAUGGCCGUCUUGAGACCCGACAUGUCUGAAGAUGAAAGGCUUGCUCUUACCCAGAAGUACGAGGAGCUUCUUGUCGCCGGUGGUGGCAUGUAUAUUGAGGUAUUUAAUAGAGGGGUCAUCCCAUUAGCUUACAGCAUCAAGAAGAAAAAUAAAGCUGGGGAAACCAACGCUUACUUGGAUGGCAUUUACCUCCUCUUUACCUACUUUACAAAACCUGAGUCAAUGACGGCUCUCGAAGCGGCGUUGAAUACAGACGAUGAUGUUAUCCGCUCAACCAGCUUCAAGAUAAGGAAGAGGAAGUAUAAUUAGAUUGGUAUGUACCUACAUGUCUGUAUCUUGAGAUGAAUAUGAUUAGGAAAGAAAUAGUUCUUUCAACUUUGUGAUUUAAAUUCUCUUUAUGGAUCCUUUUUUGUUUCUUGAGAACUGGAGUUUGAUUCCUUUUUGUAAAAUUUUAUGGACCAUUUGACUAUAGAAAGUAUAUUUGCAAUUGCUGCACUGAGGUGAAA